AAAGGGCGGGCGCGCGCACGUCUUUACGCACGCCUCGGCCGGCGGCGGCGGCCAAGGGCGGGAGGGAUCGUCCGCGGAGGGAUUGGGAGAUUCGGAGUCUCACGGCCGCUUUGGCAGCAUGUAAGCAACUUCUUGCCAAGAACCCAGGUCACCGCUGAGAAGGGGGCCUUAAGGAGAAGAAUAUCCAGAGGAAACCAAUGCCAGACACGUCUGGAGUUACACUCAACGCAGGCAGCAUGAGACAUUCUGUGCCAGCAUCUGUGUCCUGCUGGCAAAGACUGUAGCUCUCCAAGUUGGAGGGUCCUGGAAGCAGCACGCACCAGGAGCCUCUCGAGAGGAAGAAUGGGGCCAGAUGUGAACUCUCUGCAAUGAACACAGUUUUCAGCUUAUGAAGGAGUUUUAAGUAAAACAAUUAUUUAAUUUCCACAUAUUCAAGUUCGGUAGCCUUCUGUGUGAAGAGCCAGCAGUCACCCACCCCCCCCCCCCCCCCCCCACAAAAGUUAUCAGGAUUAUUCUGGCACCAAGUUGAACUCUUCUUGGUACUUCUGGCAAUGACAGAUCUUCAGGACAGAUUUAUCUGUUAAAUGCUCUUGAGCAGGAAAGAAAAAGUAAAACUUCUGGAAGGAGCGGGAAGUAGCAGAGCAGAGGUCCCUCCCUCACUACUCACUUUCACAGAAACUCUGCCUGGACUCGGAUGCUUAUACUGAAGAUUGGUCCUGCCUCAUUCACUUUCAAAGUCCAUCAAUUCUGGGGAGAGCUGGCAUUUUCGGGCUGCCUCCUGUGGCCUUUUUUACUGUCCUUCUGCCUGUAGGCAGUCAAAUAAUGUGACUUGGAACGGGGUUUGCUAUCCUAUGGGGACUUGCUUUCUUUCCCAGGCUGGUGCUGUCUGACAGGACCAUCGGAAGACGGUGGUUUGUUCUUGGGGGAGGGCACUGGCCUUGCCUGGAUCCUCCACCAUGUUUCUGUUGCUGCCUUUUGAUAGCCUGAUUGUCAACCUUCUGGGCAUCUCCCUGACUGUCCUCUUCACCCUCCUCCUUGUUUUCAUCAUAGUCCCUGCCAUUUUUGGAGUCUCCUUUGGCAUCCGAAAGCUCUACAUGAAAACUUUGUUAAAAAUCUUUGCGUGGGCCACCUUGAGGAUGGAGAGAGGCGCCAAGGAGAAGAACCACCAACUUUACAAGCCCUAUACCAAUGGAAUCAUUGCAAAAGAUCCCACUUCGCUAGAAGAAGAGAUCAAAGAAAUCCGUCGAAGUGGCAGUAGUAAGGCUCUGGAUAACACUCCAGAGUUUGAGCUCUCCGACAUUUUCUACUUUUGCCGGAAGGGAAUGGAGACCAUCAUGGAUGAUGAGGUGACAAAGAGGUUCUCAGCAGAGGAGUUGGAGUCCUGGAACCUGCUGAGCAGGACCAACUAUAACUUCCAGUACAUCAGCCUUCGGCUCACUGUCUUGUGGGGCUUAGGAGUGCUGAUUCGCUAUUGCUUCCUUCUGCCACUCAGGAUAGCUCUUGCUUUUACUGGGAUUAGCCUUCUGGUGGUAGGCACCACCGUGGUGGGAUACCUGCCAAAUGGGAGGUUUAAGGAAUUCCUGAGUAAACACGUUCACUUAAUGUGUUACCGGAUCUGUGUGCGAGCCCUGACAGCCAUCAUUACCUACCACGACAGAGAAAACAGGCCCAGAAACGGUGGCAUCUGCGUGGCCAAUCACACCUCUCCAAUCGACGUCAUCAUUUUGGCCAGCGAUGGCUAUUAUGCCAUGGUGGGUCAAGUGCACGGGGGACUCAUGGGUGUGAUCCAGAGAGCCAUGGUGAAGGCCUGCCCGCACGUCUGGUUUGAACGCUCUGAAGUGAAAGAUCGCCACCUGGUGGCUAAGAGACUGACUGAGCAUGUGCAGGAUAAAAGCAAGCUACCCAUCCUUAUCUUCCCAGAGGGAACCUGCAUCAAUAAUACAUCAGUGAUGAUGUUCAAAAAGGGAAGUUUUGAAAUUGGAGCCACAGUUUACCCUGUUGCUAUCAAGUAUGACCCUCAAUUUGGUGACGCCUUCUGGAACAGCAGCAAAUACGGGAUGGUAACAUACCUGCUGAGAAUGAUGACCAGCUGGGCCAUUGUCUGCAGCGUUUGGUACCUGCCUCCUAUGACCAGAGAGACAGAUGAAGAUGCCGUCCAGUUUGCCAAUAGGGUGAAAUCCGCCAUUGCCAGGCAGGGGGGGCUUGUGGACCUGCUGUGGGAUGGUGGUCUGAAGAGGGAGAAGGUGAAAGACACGUUCAAAGAGGAGCAGCAGAAGCUGUACAGCAAGAUGAUCGUUGGGAACCACGAGGACAGGAGCCGGUCCUGAGCCCGCGCCUUGCGCUGGCGGGAGCCACCGCUCGCAGAUCCUGACCCGCGAGCCAGCUGGAGUUGCGCCGCCGCUGCCCCUGCUGCCCCCACUGCUGCAUCCUUUCCAACUCCGGGGCUCUUCAGGCCGCUCUGGAUCCCAGGACUCCAGCUGCUUCAGAACUGCCCCAGGGAUCCCUGGGUGCACCGUCUGCAGUGGGCACUGCUGGGGGUUGCUGCCCAGGACGAGAUGCCUUCUUGUUUCUUUUACACUAAGUCCAUUGGAGGAAUGCCAUUAAAGUCAGCUCUCCACCUGUGCACGUGUGGGGCUGAGUGGUUGGGAAGCCUUGGCCACGUGCCCAUGUUCAGGACGUUAGGGUGUCAGUCUGUUACAGAUGCCAUAUGCCAGGGACUUUGCUAAGGAAAGGCCCCCCCGCUUCUGAGGAGAGGCAGUGCCAAGGCAGUGUGACUUGCUUCAGCCCAAACAUCGCCGCCCCAAGCCUCGGAGCUCUGCAGACUGGGUGAAAGGAAAACUGUUGUCUGCGGGGGCUUUUGGCAAAAUGGGGUUUUAAAUCCUGUGCUCCUGCCCACAAGCAGAAGCACAGGAUUACCAAAGGGGAUGGCAGGAAGCAAGGUGGACCAGUGACUAGGGCGUGGUGGGAACCAAGAGUCAUUUUGUGUUCAGACUCCAGUGCUAAUCCUGAACUCCCAUGUGACUUGCUCUCUGUUAACUUGUGCCUCAGUUUCCCCAUCUGUUACCUGGAUCAGGAGGGGAAGGUGGUCAUAACCUACCUCACAGGGUUGUUGUGGGGAUCGAAGUGCUACUUUGAAGGACAAGUUGCUCAGUGUUACAAGUAUAGGUCCAUGAAACGUGGCAGGAAAGGUCUGAACUCAGAGCUGCUGCAAAGGGCUUUGAGUUUGUUUUUGUGAGUAAAUAAAAUUGUCUUUGAUGGUCAAUUAA